AUGACUGUUCCAACGAAGUUCGUAUCGAGUGUAGAGGAGUUUCGACGUAUAUUUUACGCAGACCGAGACAUCGCUGGGGUUUGCUCGCCUGAUUAUUCCACAAGUGAACCACAACUUUCUCCUCCAUCUUCGGACUCUUUCUUACUUUGCUAUGAGAACGGCGAUGCGGGAGUGUCCACCGAUGGAAUUACCGCAUUUCAGCGGCAAGUAGAGAGCAGCGCGGAGCAACGCAGUACCCGAGUGAGGUUAUUCAUCUGGGAUUCCACCAGUGACGCCUUUGCGGAGGCUAAGAAGCAGUUGCAAAAGCGAAGAGGAUUCCCACUGCUCGCGAUUGUGUUCCGCGGCGCUAUCUCGGAUACGUUUCUCGACAUCCCGUUAGGCGCUCUAACCGCGAACGAAAUUCCCCGCGUCUGCGCAAAAUUGGCGCUCUACCAGAGAGGCAACGCACCCGCGCAUAUCCGCGGCGAGGCUCCCCUUCAAGGAAGGGAUGAGGAUGAACUUGGAAGUUCUCCCAACCCUAAUUCUACGGUGGCGUGGACGCUAAGCGUGGAUGUCGUGCGAAUGAUGGAGAUGGGCAAAGAUUUACUUCGCAAGGACCGUGCGGCGUACGCUGAGAAGAUUUUCCUGAAGUCCUUGAAGACGUUGGAGGCGUUGGAAGGGGAGGUGUGUAGGGGGGAAGGAGAAGAAAGGCGAGGGGCUUCAAACACCACGGUCUCCACGGCAGAGGAGUCUUCCUUUCCACGUGAUUACACGAGGAGCGUCGCGCACUGCCUCGCGUGGGCCGCCAUCGCGCAGCUCGUGCAAGGGAAGGAGGUGCUGCAUAAUACUUUUCUCGAACGCCUCACUGGGGGUGAAAAAAACAUUGAUGGGGCUUUUUUCCCCUUCACGGAGGAGCCGCUAAGCGAUGAAUGUCGGGCGUGUGUGCUGUGGCGGCUGAUGCUCGCCGCCCCGUCGCCUUGGGUGGCCGCGGAGUGCAGCGAACGCAAGCUUCAGGGGUGGCUGAGCGCGAACCCCACCGAUUGCGUUCGCCGUGCGCAUCUGGCGAUCACGUUUUUUCUCCGCGGUGAGAUGGAGCGGGCGCUGACGGAGGCCGUGAAGCUGCGUAGCCUCGGGGACGCCUUCGGGCGCGUCGCCUUGAAGGAGAUAUCGCACUUCUUGGGAUCGGAUCAUGAGUUGGUCGCGAGGCUCGGGAAGGUUUAA